UCUGACCCCGCAGGACGACGCCGAUCCUCGGCCAGGGCCACCAUCGCCGCCCUCCCAGCCGCCCCUCCCGCAGGGCUGAAGCGCCGGGCGGCUGUUCUUGCGGAGCCUCCCAAGCCAGGACCCCCGGCUGCGGCCCCCGGGGGCGGGCGGGAGCGGAGGCGAGCCCCCUGGGACCUGAAGGGCCAGAUCAGCGACCUCCAGGCCAAGGUGGCCGCCUACAAGGAGCGGGUCCAGGGGCUGGCCGGGGAGAACGAGGCCCUGAAGAGCCAGGUGGGGGGCCUGCAGCAGGAGCUGGCGGAGGCCACCGGCCGGAACGGAGAGCUGACCACCCGGGUCAGUCUGCUGGCCUCGGAACUGCAGGGCUGCCGAGAGCAGGCCAGGGAGAGCGGCCAGAGGGUGUCCGAGCUGCUGGAGAAGGAAGAGCGGCUGGAGGAAAGGUGCCGGAGCCAAGCCCAGAGGAUCGGACAGCUGGAGGCCCUCCGCCAGGAGCUCACGGAGGGCAGCCGGGAGCAGGCCUUCCAACUGAAGGCCAGAGAGCGAGAGCUGCUGCUGUCCGGAGAGAGCCUGGCCGGGCAACAGCAGCUGAACGAGGGGCUGAUGGCCCGGCUGGAGGUGCUGGAGGAGCAGCUGCACCAGGGAGACAUGGAGCGACGCUGCCUGCACAACGCACUGCAGGAGCUGAAGGGCAACAUCCGCGUCUUCUGCCGAGUGCGGCCCCUGCUGACCAGCGAGAGGCAGGCUCAGAAGGCCGCCAGCCACCUGCGCUUCCCGGCCGACAACAACAAGAGCCUUGGGCUCUCCAGGACAGAGGAGUCCCACAUUGGCCGUGAGCGCAAGGAGGACGUCACCUACGACUUCCACUUCGACCGGGUGUUUCCCCCGUCCAGCUCUCAGGAGAGCGUCUUCGAGGAAAUCGCCCUGCUGGUCCAGUCAGCCUUGGACGGGUAUCAUGUCUGCAUAUUCGCCUACGGGCAAACGGGAAGCGGCAAGACCUACACGAUGGAGGGCCCCGAGGACGCGGCCCCCGAGACGGCAGGUGUGAUUCCUCGGGCCGUGAGGCGGAUCUUCGAAACCUCCCGUGAGAUGGAAGCCAAGGGGUGGCAGUACCAGUUCACAGCCAACUUCCUGGAGAUCUACAACGAGUCGCUGCGGGAUCUUUUGGUGCUGCGGCCGGAGCAGAAUGGGGAUCUGGAGAUCCGCCGAGUGAGCCAGUUCACAGAGGAGCUUCACGUCCCCAACCUCUCCUGCGUCUCCGUCUCUUCUGAGGAGGAGGUCCAGAGGCUGCUGCUGACGGCCAAGGCCCACCGCUCCGUGGCCAGGACCAACCUGAACGAGCGCUCCUCCCGCAGCCACAGCCUCUUCCAGCUCCGUGUGGAGGGCAGGAACGCCAAGCGGGGGCUCCACACCUCCUCUGUGCUGAGCUUAGUGGACCUGGCGGGCAGCGAGCGGCUGGACAGGUCCUUGUCCACGGGGGAGCGGCUGAAGGAGACCCAGGCCAUCAACACCAGCCUCUCCACCCUGGGCCUGGUCAUCAACGCCCUCAGCAACAAGGUAGCAGCCACUGCCCCUCGG